UGUUCAUCGCCUCCUUCCUGGCGGGAGCGCUGCUCAACCAGAUAGCGCAGUUCGUGGCGGCGCCCGGGGCCGUGCUGAGCGUGCUGGGCACCGGCGCGCCGCAGACCGCAUCGUUCUUCAUAGCCUACAUACUGUUCAGCGCGCUGGUUGUCUCCCCCAUCGGCGCGCUGCGGCCUCUGUCGCUGCUGUCUCUGUGGGUGCGCAGCGGUCUGGCUGCCACCCCCCGCGCCCGCGCCCGCCUGUGGGAUCCGCCCGCCGCCAAGUACGCGGGCAGCUGCCCGCACCACAGCAUGGUGCUGCUGCUGGGCCUGGUGUACUGCGUUGUCCACCCGCUGGUGCUGCCCGCCUGCUGCUGCUACUUCGGGCUGGUGGGGCUGCUGGAGCGCUACCAGCACUGCUACUGCUGGGGCAGGGGCUACGAGAGCGGAGGAAGGAUGUGGAGCCAGGUGUUCCGGCAGGUGAUGGUGUCGCUCUACCUCUCCC